GGCCCGGCGCCGGCGGCAAGCUGCGUGUGCUGGGAGCUGGUCGGGACAGUGGAGCCGCCUAGAACCAGAUCGACACCGCGGAUGAAGAACUUGUGUUCUCUAUUUUCUGCACCAUGGAAUUUUAUUCAGCUCGUUUAAUUCUCCAGAGCCACAGGAACUUUAGAAAAGAGAUUCCCAUACACACCGUAUAGCAGUAACUCUCUGGUUCUGAACAUAUCUUCGUUUAGUUUAUUUAAUUUGUAACAUUAUUUAUUAUAAUAUUUUCAUACCUCAUAUUUUGUUUAUGUAUCAAAGUUGCAAAUUCCUGUUAAUUUGAAACCACUAAAUUAAUAACAUGGAAUCCACAAUUGAAUCAACAACGGCUCUGAUGGAUCUGCUAACCAGUACGAUAGGAAGUAAGGCAUCUGGUCCCAUGGUAGCUUUCCUCUGGAUGCUGAUAUUGGGCUUCAUCAUUGCCUUUGUGUUGGCGUUUUCUGUGGGUGCCAAUGAUGUGGCAAACUCGUUCGGAACUGCAGUGGGGUCGGGUGUGGUGACUCUGCGGCAAGCAUGUAUCCUGGCAUCCAUCUUUGAAACGGUGGGCUCUGUUCUGCUGGGUGCUAAAGUGAGUGAGACCAUCCGGAAGGGGUUGAUUGACGUGGAGAUGUACAACUCUACACAAGAGCUACUCAUGGCCGGCUCAAUCAGCGCUAUGUUUGGGUCAGCUGUGUGGCAGCUAGCAGCUUCAUUCUUGAGGCUUCCCAUUUCUGGUACCCAUUGUAUUGUUGGAGCAACAAUUGGCUUUUCGCUGGUGGCCAAAGGACAGAAAGGCGUCCAGUGGUCAGAGCUGCUUAAAAUUGUGUUGUCCUGGUUCAUCUCUCCCCUGCUUUCUGGCAUCAUGUCUGCUAUCCUGUUCUUCCUUGUCCGUAUGUUCAUUCUUCGUAAGGCAGAUCCAGUUCCCAAUGGGUUGCGAGCUUUGCCAGUCUUCUAUGCCUGUACAAUUGGGAUCAACCUCUUUUCCAUCAUGUACAGUGGUGCACCUUUGCUGGGCUUUGACAAACUUCCUAUCUGGGGUAUCCUUCUAACUUCGGCGGGGAGUGCUGUUGUCUGUGCUCUCAUCGUCUGGUUCUUUGUGUGUCCAAGAAUGAAGAAGAAAAUAGAACGAGAGGUCAAGUCAAGCCCUUCUGGGAGCCCCUUGAUGGAGAAAAAAAACAGUCAGAAGGAAGACCAAGAUGAGUAUAAAGUGCCACUGGACAACGGCGUGGGUGACAAGAGCUCUGUCACUGAUGUGUCUGCUGUGCACCACAGGGCAGCCGUGGAGGAGAGAACAGUCUCCUUCAAUCUGGGAGACGUGGAGGAAGCCCCAGAGCGGGAGAGGCUCCCUAGUGUUGACCUGAAGGAAACCAACAUUGAUAGUGGAGCUGUGCGGUUACCCAGUGGCAACCUUGUUCAGUUCAACCAAGCUGUCAGCAAUCAGAUCAAUUCCAAUGGCCACUACCAGUACCACACCGUGCACAAGGAUUCGGGCCUGUACAAAGAGCUGCUGCACAAGCUUCACCUGGCCAAAGUGGGCGAUUGCAUGGGGGACUCUGGCGACAAGCCCCUGAGACGCAACAACAGCUACACGUCGUACACUAUGGCCAUCUGUGGCAUGCCGCUGGAUUCAUUCCGUGCCAAAGAAGGUGAGCCCAAGGGGGAGGAGAUGGAGAAGCUGACCUGGCCUGGAGCAGACACUAAGAAGAGGAUCCGUAUGGACAGCUACACUAGCUACUGCAAUGCUGUGGCAGAUACCCACCCGGCUGCUGAUGUGGAUAUGGAUGUAGGCAAGGUGGAGAUAGGCAGUGGUGACAGGAAGUGCAGCACUGAUUCUCUGGAGGAGUGGCAUGACCAGGAUAGACCAGAAGUGUCCCUGCUCUUCCAAUUCCUGCAGAUUCUCACCGCCUGCUUUGGUUCCUUUGCUCAUGGCGGCAACGAUGUCAGCAAUGCCAUUGGCCCCCUGGUGGCUCUGUACCUAGUCUAUCAGACAGGUGAUGUGGCUGCCAAAGUGGCAACUCCCAUCUGGCUGCUGCUGUAUGGAGGUGCUGGAAUCUGCAUUGGCCUGUGGGUCUGGGGGAGAAGAGUCAUUCAGACCAUGGGGAAGGAUCUGACUCCCAUCACACCAUCUAGUGGCUUCAGCAUUGAACUGGCAUCUGCUCUGACUGUGGUGAUUGCAUCAAAUGUUGGUCUUCCUAUCAGUACAACGCACUGCAAAGUGGGCUCCGUGGUCUCAGUGGGCUGGCUCCGUUCCAGGAAGGCUGUGGACUGGCGUCUCUUCCGUAACAUCUUCCUGGCAUGGUUUGUCACUGUCCCGAUUUCUGGCCUCAUCAGUGCAGCUAUCAUGGCACUGUUCAAGUAUGCCAUCCUGGGAGUGUGAGACCAGCUUGGGUGAAAUCCAUAUCAUCUCGCUGCUCCGAGCAACUGGAACAAUGCUAGGGUGACUCGCCUGGGGAGGAGAUGGGAAUAUUGCAUUUAUGCUGUAACUGCUUUCAUGCUAAAUGACUCAUCUCUAAAUUAGCUGCAAAAUAACCAGCGCCCCUGACCUCAUUAAGGUCCUGUUUCCUGUUUGGGCUGUGAAUUACUGUACAUAUUUCUAUAUUCUUUUGUAUCCAGCUUACCUUCCAUUAUGUAUGUUUGUCACUGAGGUCCUUUUUUAAAUUUUGUUUUUCCUUGGCGCUAAGUCUUAGAACUGGCAGGCACAGUAAAUUCUGGUGUGACCAGCUUGGAGGGGUGACUGUUCCACUGACAUGUUUGCUCUAGGUUAACAGUAAUGGGCACUAUACCCAGACCACACUUAUUUUUUUUUAAAAAUAAAACUUUUAAACUAAACAUACCUAUUGGCUGACUCCUUGUGGAGCAAUACCUAUUACACACCAUUUCCUGACUGCCCCGCCUCCUCUGCAGCUCACAUGGUACCUGUGGGACAUGUUGCCCCCUCCCCCAAGAGCUGUGAAAGAUGCUGGGGGUGGUUCUUGCUAGGAAGCAAGUUGUAGUAUGUCUUGCUUUGCUUCCAUUUCAGUACUUACAGGUGCAAACAAGAGAAACCUGCAGUACCAUGAUGCUCUGGUCUUGUGUUGUCUUUUCAUUUUGUGCAAAUACACCUGAGCUCUGGGGGGGGGGAAUUUUGUUUUGAAUCUAGGAUGGGCUAAACUCUUAACAGAGUUGAUUUAAAUGUUGA